AUGUCCGCCGCACCAUCCACCACCCAGCCCAUCGCCAUCUCGCACACCCGCGCCUCCGCCAGCUUCCUCGAGCUCGCCUCCCCCGCAAGCUCCUCCUCAUCCCCCUCCUCGCCCACCCCCUCCUCCGCCUCCUCGAGCAGCAGCGCCCUCUCGCCGACGCUCUCCGACUUCGCCCUCCCGCCCGCGGACCCGUGGCGCACCGCCGCCGCCGAGGCCGCCGCGGGCAUCCACUACGCGCUCGAGGCGUUCCCCGCGCCCGGCCAGACCGUGCUCGGCCCGCCGUUUCGCAACGCGCCCCUCGCCGUCGGCGCAGGCGCGCGUGUCGUGCUCCUGGACGCGGAGGGCGAGGACGCGGGCACGCUGCAUGUGCGCGCGCGCGUGCUCGAGACGGGCGAGGUCGGCUAUCUCCCCGCGUGGAACGUGGAGGGCGCGCUGGAGCGCCUCGCGAGGGUGAACAUGGAGUUCAACGAGGCGGCGACCUGCCCCGCGGAGCGCACGACGCUGUCGCGCCGGAGCCAUUCCGCGCCCGACGUCUCCCGACGGCCCGACGCGCACGCGGACUCCCCCUCCUCCUCCCCCUCCUCGCACCUCCACGCCAUCCUCGCGCACAAACACGACCACUGCAUCCCGUUCUCGACGCGGCUCACGUACCGCGCCGCCGGCCCGGCCUUUGCGGAGGACGACGAGGACGUGGACCCGUUCCUGUUGGACGCCGACGAGACGUACAUCGGGCGGACACGCGGCGCGCGGAGGAAGUCGGUCGGGUUUGCGGAGGUCGCGCGGCCGACGGUGUUUCGGUACCCGAGUGCGGCGCUGGUUGAGGCGUACUACGGGGAGGCUUUCGAGGAAGAGGAGGAACACGAAGGGGACGAGCGGGAAGAGGGAGGAGGGAGGAGGACGAGGAGUGGUGUAUGUAUUGAUAAGCUCGGGACUUGGAAGGUUCUCCUACUGUGUACGUACCAGCACUACGUAUCCGAUAUGCGUGUAUGCUCAAAGGAAUGA